AUGGACAGCACACAACCAUACCCGACCCCAACUGCGGACCCAUCAACCUCCACCACCUCCGUGCAACCUACAUUCGACGCCUUUGCGGUAACGCCAGCAUUUGCACGCAACCUAUCCUCGUCGUCCCCCCCGCACCGACCCAUCCCCGCCCUAUCCAACCCGGCACUACUAGGCGAUCUACCAAACACAGACCCACUCUCCCUUCUCCUCCAAAAACAUAUCCCUCCACACCUACGUCCUGUACGAGACCUCUCCGGCACUUGGAACUCCUCCUCCUUCUCCUCCUCCUCCGCGGGAGAAGAAGUGAAUGAGGAGAGCGUGCAACAAGCAGCGGCAACAAACUCAUGGCGGAAGAUAGCUUGCCUCGCACGAACUCAAAUUACUCAAUCUCAAGCGGCGAGUGUGGAGGAGGUACUGGGAUGGUGGAGUGUACGAAUGUACGCUUUGGCGAGGUUGAGAUUGUAUUCCUUGUUGAGGAGCGAACUUGAUGGAUUGUGGCAUGUCUUAGACAGCGAGGUUUUGAUGGAGGGAGAGGAGGAGAGAGUGCCAUUCACCUUGAGGGUUUUCCGUGCCACCGAGCCCAAGUUCAGAGGGGAUGUUAGGAGUACUGUUGAACAAUACAUUCUUUUGAUUCAGACGUGUAAAGGGACAAUGAAAAAGGCGAAAAGCAAGGGAGAAGCAGAUCGAGCUAAGAUCUGGAAGGAAAGAGGGCUAAGGUUAGGUCUAAUGCUAGCAUUCACCCUCGCUGAGGCGAAAGAUUUGGAUGGAGCAAUCGAAAUCCUCUCGCCUCUCAUCCAGCAUUGCCUUUCAGCCUGCGAAAGGCAAGAUGCUGAAGAAAGUGCACAUUUGGUAUUGGUAUCAACCCGAAUCUACAUCCAAGCAGGAGACCUUUCCACAGCUUACACCCUCCUAAACCGCAUCUCCUCCCUCCUCCUCCGCACAUCACCUCUACAAGGCGAAAUAAGCCAUUCAGAAUCGCUCCUAGCCGCUCUACGUGGCGACUUGGAUUCCGCAUCCGAAACGCCUCCUUGCGCCUCCGAAGAGAAAGACCUGUCCAUCGUGCAACAACUCAACUCGGCUACAGUAGCGUUUUAUGAGGCAAAGUUGGACAAGGCAAUAUCGACGCUUGAUAGGGUGUUGGAGAAGGAUCCAAGUAGAAUCGCCAAUUCGACCGUUGCGGAAAGUGUCGUAUUCAACCUAGCCACGCUCUACGAGCUGGGUACCCAGGGUGGAGAACAAGCGGUUCUUGAAAGGAAACGGGAUAUGGUGGUUAAGGUGGCUAGAUGCAUUCGUGAAGCUGGAAUCAGCGCUUCUUGUUUCAAGUUGUAG